UGGAGUCGCAUUCGCAUUAGCAUGUCUUCCGUGUGACAGCUAGGUUGUAGCUAUUCACGAGAACAGGUUGUUCUCGUUUUGUUGUUAUCAUUCCGAAAAUGUUGCCGAGACUGAAACUCUCAACGUGCGCGAAAUUUGUUACAGUUCUCGUCUGCCUGUUGUUUCAUUUAACCUCAACGCAGCUGAUUAUCAACGUGAAAAAUCAGGGAGGAGAUGUUGUUCAGGAGAAUAUUUUUGCUAACGUAACAGACGACACAGUUACUUUAGAAUUUCAACGAAGCGAUGGAACCUUAGUUACGCAAGUUAUCGAUUUUCGAAAUGAAGUCCAAGUGAUCAAAGCUCUAAUACUCGGUGAAGAAGAACGUGGUCAGUCUCAAUACCAAGUGGUCUGCUUCAUUUUCCAUUUUCCCAAAGACUCCUUCAUCUCCUCAGAUGCAAUGUCCAAACUACGUCAAAAGAACCCCAGUGCUAUCAGACUGCCUGAGCAAGAUCUAGCUAGAGACAAUUACACGAUGGACUAUAACGUUAUCCUUCAGCAUUCUGGAGUGUUUUCGCCUCAUGUAGCAGACCUGUGUGCAGAGGCAAAAGAAGCAACUUACGUCAGACAUGAAGAUUUGACUGUUUGGUCCAUCAAUCAAGGAAUUCCAGUAACAACAUACCUGAAAGCUUUGAGAAAGCUGCCCAAAACCAAGCAACGUUCGGUGAAAAAUGAAGUGGCUGAUUCUCCCAAAAAUAACAUCGAAAGUUGCACGGGUUCCAAGAAAAUGUGGCUACCCUGCAACUGUCAUCUCGAAAUCUGCAUCGGUUGGUACCCAUGCAGCUUGAAAUACUGUAAAGGAAAAGGACAGACGAAAAAUUCCUACGUUACUUACAGAUGCGGCAUCAAAACCUGCAGGAAAUGUCAUUUAUUCUCCUAUUACAUCAAAGAAAAGGAACAAUGUAUGUGGGAUGAAUGACCCACGAAAAAAACAACGAAAGUUUUUUAAUACAACUGCCUUAAUACGGAAAGAUUCGGACCAAAUAUCAAAUACAAAAAUUGAGAAUCGAACAAAAAUGAUUGAAGAAUAUUGAAAUUAAGCUUGGUUUGUAGAUGAAGCAAAUAAAAUGUUCAUAAUAUCAAUUAACAAUGGAAACCAAACUUACGAUGCUUUUUUAGAAAGGAGGACAUACAUAAUAAUAAAUUACACGUUGACGUACAAUAUAAAAUUAUUAUGAUCGAUAUUCUUCAUUAUCAUUUGGUUCUUUCUCUUUUUCCGUGUAUUAUAAAAUGAAGAUGCUAGUGCAGUUUUUCAAAAUACUGUUAAAUUGUAUUGAGGAUAAAUUAUGGUUAGGAAAAAAUUAACAAUUUUUUAACAGUACUUCAUUAAGUACAACAUUACGAAAUAUUGAAGCGUUAUAAUCGUUAAAGUUCAACUACUUUGUAAUCCUUCUACCUCUUGUAUAGUCUUCGUUUCGUUUAUACUUUUUGCUUCCUAUCACAUUUGAGUCCUACACAGAUAUAAUAUUUAUUUUACGAAUAAACUAUAUUAUAUUAUCUCUUAUGACAAAUAUAUAAUGCUUUGAAAGUUAUAGUUUAUGAAAGAAUGUGCAUAUGUUCUUAUUUCUAUUCGCUCUUUUCUUAUUGUUGGAUUAAGCAAUAGUAACUUGUAGGUAUAUGGCCAUAUUUAUUUUUUUAGGAAAGUCUUGCAAAUUGUAGGUAAUUGACAUUUGUAUAUAUAUUCACGACAAAAUUUUGUGAAAAUUUUAUUUGAAGAUGAUUAUUAUUUUCAACAGUAAUAUUUUUUAUCCAUAACAAUACUAUUUUUUUUAAUGAAAUUUGACUUUGAUAAUUUUGAGUAAUAUGAGGUGCCCUUGUUUGGAGUUCGGCAAUAAAUUAAUUACUUCUUCUGAAUUAUGUCACUAGAAGUUUUCAAAGUGAAGUAUUUAAAACUCAUCGCCGUAGAUUCAUAUGAAAGUUACAGGUGUAGUAAAAAAAAUCCAUUAUUUUUGCAUGAAAAACAAUAAUGAUCUGAUUAAGGUCAAAUAUGCGCUGUUUUGUUCGAUAACUUGUUGCCAUUUUGAAGGUAAUAUAAUUAUGCCUCUCUCAUAGAAGCCCUAGUCCAUAUUGGCCAAAAAUUGGCACAGUUGAAGCGAAUUUUCGCCGUCAUCUAAGAAAAACUGUAAAAUAUAGCGUAUUUUCGCUUUGUUAGUGUCCUUCUUUGACACGCGCUCAAACUAAACUGAGUCAACUAAUCACAAAACUAUCAGAAAAUUUUUUGUAGUACGAAAUCUCAUCUAUCUAACUCCAUCUAAUGGAACUAAAUCCGACUUUCACAAAGCGACAUACAGUUAACUAUAGCCGUCUAUGGAAAAAUUCUUUUUACUACACCCAAUUAUAGACUUUUGAAGAUAUCCUUGAAACAGCAAUUUGUUUUUGAUUCAAAACUUGCUUUCAAUGUGUAUAAAGAAUACAUCUCCUAGAUAUAGCUAUAGAGAGUUCAAUUCGGUUAGACUAUUUAAAAUAAGACUGACUCAUCACAUUCCAAGUACGUAGAAAAUCAUCUUGAUAGCAUGGUUUGAAAUAUUUUAUUUAUAUUGUUAAUCGAAUUUUGUUUCAACUGUGAAACUGAUUAAUAGAUUGCUUAUCUGUUGGGAACUUAUGUUUAUGUAAUCUACUUCAUAGUGUUCAUUAAUCAGUUUCAUACUGUUGUAAUUGUCAAUGUGCCAGUUCAUAGCCUUUAUUAUUUGAUUCGCGAAAAUCAAUCAAUAAGAAACUUAGACGAAUAGGUUGUAAUAAAAUAUAUAGAAUACUGAAAUUUCAUAGUUUUAAUAAAUGUAUUUUUCACAGA